GUUAGCCUACUGUAUUUUGUCGUGUGAAUCAGACGAGGCUGCUGUUGUUGAUUACCCAGCCAGACUUGUUUUAGACUGCAUAAUGACGGAUAGUGUCCUGAUGUUUUCAUUGCCAAUUUUGUCCUCGCUCCUAUGCCUGACGUGGCACACCUGUCAUGGGGGAAAGGUGCUUGUUUAUCCAGUGGAGGGAAGCCACUGGGUUAACAUGAACAUCAUCAUCAAAGCUUUGCACUCUAAAGGACACAACAUCACAGUUCUCCGAUCAGACAAAAGCUGGUAUGUCAAGGAGAAUUCCUCGUCCUAUGACACUAUCACAAUUCCAGUAAGCGCUACCUUGGACGAGGAAUUCAUUGUGAAGGCCAUUACAUCCGUCAUUGAUAUCCAGAGGGGAGACAGUACCGUGUUUGCCUUCAUGACCUUGGUGGUUGAGAUGUUUAAGAAAAUGAAUGAGGCUCAUGUCACCCUGAAAGAGAUGAUAGUGAACAUACUUGAGAACCCAGAACUAAUCAAAAGCAUUCAGGACAGUCACUAUGACAUACUGCUCACAGAUCCCUGCUGGGGUGGUGGGACAGUGUUGGCCCAUUACCUCCACCUUCCUCUUGUUUACAAUGUGCGCUGGUUGACAGUAGGCGAGGGGCACUUUGCUAUUGCCCCUUCACCGGUGUCGUACAUCCCACUGACUGGAUCUGGGUUUUCAGACAAGAUGACAUUCAUAGAGAGGGUUAAAAACAUGCUUUACUUUGGGAUUAUGAUCAUCCAAGAUCGCUUGACCCUGAGGCCAGUAUACCAAGAGGUCUGUGAGAAGUACCUGGGUCCGCAGAGUGAUUUCUACAUGCUGAUGCAGUCUGCAGAUCUCUGGCUGAUGCGUGGUGAUUUUGUGUUCGAGUUCCCACGCCCCACUAUGCCCAAUGUUGUUUACAUGGGUGGGUUCCAGUGUAAGCCAGCAAAGCCCCUUCCUGAAGACCUGGAGGACUUUGUUCAGAGCUCUGGAGAACAUGGAGUCAUCAUCAUGUCUUUAGGGACAUUUAUCAGUGAACUCCCAAGUGACAUUACAGAACAAAUAGCAGCAGCUUUUGCUGAGCUCCCCCAGAAAGUUAUUUGGAGGUACACUGGAGGGAGACCAUCUACCCUGGGCAACAACACCCUAAUGGUUGACUGGAUGCCACAGAAUGAUCUUCUGGGGAAUCCCAAAAUCAAGCUUUUUGUGGCCCACGGAGGAACAAAUGGAGUACAAGAAGCUAUUUACCAUGGUGUUCCAGUUGUGGGUGUACCUUUGUUUUUUGACCAGUAUGACAAUCUUCUUAGGCUGAAAGUAAGAGGGGGGGCAACAAUAGUCUCUGUUGCAACACUAGAUAAAGACAUCUUCCUCCAGGCUUUGCAAGAGGUGCUCCAUGAGCCAUCCUACAGGGAGAACAUGCAGAGACUCUCCAGACUGCACAGAGACCAGCCAAUGCAGCCCCUGGACCGAGCUCUCUUCUGGAUUGAGUUUGUCAUGAGACACAAAGGUGCUGCCCACCUGCGCUCAGAGUCCUACAAGAUGCCCUGGUACUCCUACCACUCUGUGGAUGUGAUCCUGUUCUUACUUGCUAUCAUGACCACUUUUGUGGCUGCUUUUGUAUUUGGAGUGAAGUUUCUGUGUACCAGGAUUUGUUAUAAGCACAAGUCAAAACAAGACUAAUAGAAACACUUACUAAUGUACUGUAAAUGUAAACUAGAUGUACCGCAUAGCGGUACAAAAUAUAACCGCCGCUCAGUCCUGUACAUCCGUUCCGCGAAAAUAAA